AUGAGUGACAAAUCAUGGACCGAGGAAUUCUUCUUCCAAUGGCCCCGGACAGAUAGGAUGAAUGCAGUACAGAAGGAUAGGCAGAACUUCAGACCUUUUCUGCCGCAGCGAAACUGGAUGUUGGGAAGGUCAGUGGGUACCAAUCUACGCUCCAGCCAAGAUCAGAAUCAAGUCCUAUGGCUUUCCGUUCAACACCAAGAGACAUAUCUACCCAAAUACGUUGCUAAAGUAUUCUCUGAAUACACCGAAAAGGAUGCACAAAUCCAGCUCCGACGCUUUCCACCCCGCAUAUCUAAGAAGGUUAAGGAAGUAAAAGAUGAACUUGACCCGUAUACUAAUGAAGCACGAGCAUACCACUGCAUUGAGAUGUCGUGUCCAAGCUCAGAAAGGAUAUAUUAUCCUGAAUUUCACGGUGUUAUCACGGAAUUUGAAAGAUCAAGGUUCAUUUACGGCUUUAUUAAUCCUCGGGCUAUUGUCCUCGAGCCCAUCAGGCCAAAACUUGCCUCACGACGAAUUCUAGCAGCUCACAGUGACGAUGCCUGUGAGAUUUGGAAUCGGCUGAAUAUUAUUGGACUUCUCAGUGACUUCGAAUUGGAAUACUAUCAUAGUCUCUUCCAUGACCGCAUCCGCCGCCUGUUGGCAUUACACAGACUCGGGAUCACACAUGGUGAUGUACGCGAUGAUCAUUUCAGGUUACCAGGAGAUUUCCAUGAUACAGUCUUAUAUGACUUUUCUAUUUCAUAUACUUUCUCUCCAGUCAUGCCUUACUUGGUCAAUUUCCGUCCACCAUGUUCUUUGAAGAACAUCUCGGAAAUUGAACAGGCCAUGGUUGAGCAACAGAUAUUUGAACGGGCCAAAAACCUAGACUUCCGUGAUCAUGUUGAAAAAACUACUGGGCUCAAUCCAGCAGCAGCUGUGGAUGCGCUCUUCCAACCUCUCGAAGAUGAAUCAUUGGAGUUGAUAUUUCUGCGAGUAAAUUUCCGCCCUGACGAUGAUCAUACCUGGCAUAUCCGUAGAGGUCGGCUGUUGAAAUUCUAUGAAGCGGUUUGGAUAAGCUCUUCAACGAAUGGUUCAGGCCAAACUGACAUGAGCUUCGUUUCGGACUUUGACUAUACCCAAAACAGUACGGGCGCAAAACUCAGAUACCUACUCUGCUUAGUACCGAAGGAGUGGGGAGUUGAGGUUGUCCGCAGUGCACUCAUGAGUAUCUGUUCGUCCUUGCCGCGUGGUGCUCACGGCUGCAUCAAGACCCGAAUCGAUUUGUAA